AUGAUCGGCGGUAACCAUAGGAACAUUAUAGUUUCCAAGGCCGCCCCAGCCAUAUCGAUCGCUGCCGUCCCUUCCUCCUCGGCAUCAUUAGGACACAUUACAUCCACUGACAACUACAAUUCUACUUACCUAGAACCAAAAAUAAGGGAGGUUAACAUGAGCUUGGAAAGAACAUCUACUUCAAUCCUCGAUGUGGGAAUGGGAAUGGGACAUCGAAUCGUUGCUCGGAAAAGAGGUCGCGUGAAAGAAAAUUAUGGCUUACGUUUUGAAGAGUAA